CGGCAAAUCAAGCCAACACUUGAUAUAGCAACCAUAACGUUUGAGUUCACUGAUCGAUGACAACAACAACAGACAGAUCACAACGGUCUCAAAGAACUCUCUUGAGAGGGGUCACUAGCGUUGCAGCAACUGCCAUGAGGCAUGAAAUUGGUUAUACGAGGGUUGAAUGCCACAUUCGCUACUUUCGCCCUCGCCCUUGUUGGCUCCGCCUCGGCUCAGUACACCAACUCUUCCUCUUCGGCAGUCGCUGGAUCCAGCACUGUGGAUCUCAGCAGCUCGACAUCUUCUGCCUCUGCAACUUCGUCAUCAGGUCCUACCUACACCAACGGUGCUGAGCCUACGGUCAAUGGUGUCAAGUUCGAUGUUCAGGAGGACACCACCUACCAAGGCACUCCUCUCACUCUCAUGAGAAAGAGAGACCGCGGUACCAACCUCAACCAGUGUGUCAACACCUGCGCCUCUGACAGCAGAUGUGUCGGUACCUCCUUCACCGAUAGCACCUCGGAGUGUUCCUACUUCUCAGGCAUCUCUGCUCAGCCUAUCUCUUCCCCUGGCACCGACUUUGCAAAGGUCACUGCCCGUGACGGCGUGCCUGUCACCCCCAGUGGCGCCGUGAACGGUACCAGCUCGACUGCUUCCGUUAGCCGCUCCAUGGGCUCUGGUUCCUCGAGCAAGCUGACCUACAGCAACUCGACUGCCAGCUCCACCGGCUCUCUGUCCAGAUCCCGCAGUGUUGCAGUCUCUGCUUCCGCAACCAGUGGAUCCGUCUCCACUGCAUCCAGAUCGAGAUCCUCGGCAUCCUCUUCUGCCACCUCUACCGCGGUUCCUUCCUUCCAGUCAAUUGGCGGUGUUCGUUUCAAGAUCGAGAUCGACAUCACCUACGAUGGUAUCACCUUCGACAUCGAACUCGCUCUCGCCAAGAGAGCCGGUCAGGACCUCAACGACUGCCUUGUUGCCUGCGCUGCCGACGAGCGUUGCAAGGGAACCGCUUUCGACAGCAACGACGACACUUGCACCUUCUACAGCGAGAUCGAUACUGGUUCCAGACAGGAUGCUCCUGGAGUUACCUUCGCUACUGUCGAGUCGCGCGCCAACAACGGCACCAGCUCUUCCAGCACUGUUCCUUCCAACUCGACCACCAGCACCCAGUCUUCUGCAAGCGCCACUGCUACUGGCCUUGAGUCGUUCAUCUGCCCCAAGCUGAACGGAGAUGUCAUCACCAACGCCUUCGGUGCUGCCUUCGCCAUUGAGUGCGGUCAUGGACUUAUCGGUACUACUAUGGACAUCGAGGAGUCCCGCAAGCGUCAAGCCACUGGCCUCCCUACCAGCCUUAGCAACUGCGUUGACCUCUGCUCUACCAACGAUGAGUGCACUGCUACCACCUUCAACAACGCCGAUGGAACUUGCGCUUUCUACAGCGCCUUCACUGCCACCGUCGUCGCCGCUAACCUCGACUCUGCUCUCCGCGUUGGCGUUAACCCCGGCCCUGAUGCUACCCAGACCGUCACUGUCGUCACUACUCAGGUCCAGACCUCGACUGUCUUCAUCGGCAACGGCCAAUCUACCAUCCAAACUGGCGCUGUCACUCAAACCUCGACUUUGACCAUCUGCCCUACCUGCUCCGUGACUGCUGUGCCUUCCAACGGCGUUGUUGGCGGUUCUCUCAGCACUGCCACUGUUUACAGCACUACCGUCGUGAC